AUGGCUGGCGCUGAAUCCAAGUUCCCCAUCGACUUUCUCUCCAAGUACAAGAAAUUGAAGCUUGACCCAUCUAAGCCCCAGCUUACCGACACUGAGCGCGAUACUCUCCGCGCGAACAUCCAGUUGCUUCGCGAUGUCAUCGUUCUCUUCACCGCCACUGGUGCGGCCAGGGGAGUGAGUGGGCACACUGGCGGAGCCUACGACACCGUCCCCGAGCUCUGCAUCCUUCUGUCUUUGUUCGAUUUCUCCGACAAAUUUUAUCCCAUCGUUUUUGACGAAGCUGGCCACCGUGUUGCCACCCAAUACCUCAUCGCUGCUCUUCAGGGACACAUUCCCCCAGAGCACCUCCUUCAUUAUCGCGCUGCAAACUCAAAACUUCCUGGCCACCCAGAGCUUGGUUUGACCCCAGGUGUCAAAUUCUCCUCUGGCCGUCUGGGCCACAUGUGGCCCUUGGUCAAUGGUGUCGCCCUCGCCAACCGUGACAAGACUGUCUUCUGUCUGGGCUCGGAUGGCUCUCAGCAGGAGGGCAACGAUGCUGAGGCUGCUCGACUCGCGGUCGCACAGGGCUUGAACAUCAAACUCCUUAUUGACGAUAACAACGUCACCAUCGCUGGUCAUCCUUCCGAUUACCUCGGAGGUUUCGAGAUUCACAAGACGCUCGAGGGUCACGGCCUCAAAGUUUUCACCGUCCAAGGCGAGAACAUCGAUGAGCUCUGGUCCGGUAUCGCUCAGGCCAUUUCCUAUGAUGGUCCUGCUGCUGUCUGUUCGAAGCGCGUUAUGGCGCCUGGUAUUGCCGCUAUUGAAGGUUCCCCACACGGUCACGAUGUUAUUCCGGUCAAGGCUGCGCUCGACUACUUCAAGACUCGUGGCUAUCCUGAGAACCAGAUGGCCGACAUCCUCCUCAACAUCAAGCCGACCACUGUCCCAUACCUCUACGUGGGAUCUACUCGCGAGAACGGCGCCAACCGAGUUGUCUUCGGUGAAGCUGUCAAUCUGGUCCUCGACCCAUUGAGCAAGGAAGAGGCCGCAAAGAAGGUCAUGGUGAUUGACAGUGACUUGGAGGGCUCUACCGGUUUGAAGGUUAUCCACCAAAAGCACCCAGAGGUCUUCGUUCCUUCCGGUAUCAUGGAGCGUGGCAACUUCUCCGCGGCAGCUGGUUUCGGUUUCGACGAGGGCAAGUUCGGUGUUUUCUCUACUUUCUCCGCCUUCUUGGAAAUGGUUGUCUCCGAGAUCACCAUGGCUCGCCUGAACAACUGCAACGUCCUUUGCCACUUCUCGCACUCUGGUGUCGAUGAGAUGGCCGACAACACCUGUCACUUCGGUGUCAACUCCUUCUUCGCCGACAACGGUCUCUCCGACGUUCAGUCCUGGCUCUACUUCCCCGCGGAUCCUCUUCAGAUGAUCGCAGUCAUCAAGCGCGUCUUCUUCGAGCGUGGCGUCCGCUUCGUUUUCUCCACCCGUGCCAAGGUCCCAUGGAUCCUCAAGGAAGACGGGUCGAAAUUCUUCGGCGAGGGUUACGAGUUCAUUCCUGGAAAGGACGAGGUCAUCGCCGAGGGCAAGGCUGGCUACGUCGUCUCUUACGGCGACAUGCUCUACAGGUCCUGGGAUGCCGUCCUCAGGUGCAGGCAAGAGGGCUUGGACGUCGGUCUCAUUAACAAGCCAACACUGAACGUGGUCGAUGAGCAGACGCUUCGCAAGAUCGGAACCAGCCCCUUCGUCCUUGUCGUCGAGUCGAUGAACCAGAAGACCGCCCUCGGUUCCAAGCUCGGCACAUGGCUCCUCGAGCGUCAGCUCACGCCCAAGUACGGCUACAUGGGCACCGUCAAGGAAGGGUGCGGCGGUCUUCAAGAGCAGGUCCCCUUCCAGGGCCUUGACCCCCAGUCGAUCAUCGUCAAGAUCAAGUCUUUGUCACAGUAAGCGGUCUACCCGUACUCAUCUGCACCCCGCAUUCGCCUCUUUGGGUUCUUGUGUACCAAAAUGUUCGGUUUUUGGCAGGGAAGAGGAGGAUCAAUAAGCGAUGUCGUCCUUGUAUGUGGUGUUGAAGAGCGCAGAAGAUAUGAGAGGAAAGUACGAAUAAGGAAGAAGAAUUCGAUAGACGCAAUAUUUGUGCCAGUAGUGUUUAAUUGUACAAUUCUUGGUUUUCUUUUCUCCACUGUCCGUUUCAUUGUUCGUGUUCACGAACACGGAGUAGCUCUCAUGAAGCUCCUCUC